AUGUCGUUCAAUCCGUUGUCUGUCAUUCUAAAAGAAAAUCAGCUUACUGGUCCUAAUUACAUUGAUUGGAAGAGGAACUUAGACAUAGUGUUGACUGCUGAGGGUUAUAAGUUUGCUAUCACUGAUGCUUGCCCGGCGGUGCCGGCGGCUGAUGCUCCUGAGCAGGAGAAAGAGGAGUAUGCUCGGUGGAAGAAGGCUGAUGAGAUGGCGAAGUGUUACAUUCUGGCUUCUAUGUCGAAUGUUCUUCAACAUCAGCAUCAGUCUAAGGACACUGCAGCAGAUAUACUUCUCAAUCUCAGGGAUCUGUUCGGACAUCAGUCUAGGGCUGCUAGGCAAGAGGCUUUGAGUGCUCUGAUGAGUACGCGCAUGGCCGAGGGCACACCCGUAAGGGAGCACGCUCUCAGGGUUAUGGCGCAGCUCAAUGAGCUUGAGGUUAUGGGAGGUUAUAUUGACGGGGAAACCCAGGUUGAUAUUAUGCUCCAAUCUCUGCCGAAGAGCUUUGAUCAGUUCCGGUUGAACUACAACAUGCACAAGAUGCAUAUGGCUCUUCCAGAACUGCUUGCAGAGCUUCAGUCGGCGGAGGCCUUAUUCACUCAAGCACCUCAGGUGCUAGUCGCCGAGCAGGCUGGACCUUCCAGGCCUCACAAGGGCAGGAAGAGAAAGAAGUCUGCAGGAAAGGCGAAGGCACAGGAUGCUCCGGUUUACCCACGACCGACCCCUCAGGCUGUGGCAAAGAAACCGAAAGGAAGAUGCCACAAGUGCAAUAAGUCAGGACACUGGAAGGUCGAUUGCCCUCUCCUCAAGAAAGGUAACUCUCUCGUUAAUGUCGUAGAAACAUGUUUAGCGGUUGUAUCUACCAGAACCUGGUGUGUAGAUACUGGAGCCACUGAUCAUGUCUGCAAUUCUUUGCAGGGGUUCCAGGAAACCAAGCGACUUAGGGAGGGAGAGAUCACCGUCUACAUGGGCAAUGCUACGAAAGUGGCGGCUGUUGCAGUGGGAGACGUUACUUUAUCGUUCGAUAGUAGUAGUUUGGUUUUGAGAAAUUGCCUUUAUGUUCCUAGUUUUAGAAAGAACCUUGUUUCAGUUUCUAAACUCGUUAUGGAUGGUUUUUCAGUUUCGUUUGAUGACAUGGUUAUUAUUCGUUUUGAAAAUCGUUUCAUAUGUUGUGGUUCAUUAGUUGGCAAUUUAUAUGUUCUCAAACCGAACUCUCCCACAGUGCAACAUAAUGAAUUGAAUAAUGUCAUAACUACAUCUAAUAAGAGGAAGGAGUCUUCGCAGAUGAAUCAAGCAUAUCUGUGGCACCUUAGACUUGGACACAUCAACCUUAGGAGGAUUCAAAAGUUAGUGGCCAGUGGACAUCUCGGUCCAUUGGAAGAGCACUAUCCAACUUGCGAAUCAUGCCUGGAAGGUAAGAUGGCCAAGAGGCCGUUUACGGCAAAGGGGUAUAGGAGCCAAGAAGUGCUAGGAUUGAUUCAUUCUGAUUUGUGUGGUCCUAUGUCGAUCCAGGCUAGAGGAGGUUUCGAGUACUAUGUGUCUUUCAUAGAUGAUUACUCGAGAUUUGGGUACGUUUAUCUGUUGCACCGCAAGUCCGAAUGCUUUGAGAAAUUCAAGGAGUAUCGGGCAGUUGUGGAGAAGCUUCAUGGUAAAUGUAUCAAGUCACUUCGUUCUGAUCGAGGUGGCGAAUACCUUUUUGGAGAGUUCAGGACAUACUUAUCGGAAGCUGGGAUUGAAUCCCAACUGACUGCACCCGGCACGCCCCAGCAGAAUGGGGUUGCAGAGCGAAGAAAUAGGACUCUUAUGGAGAUGGUUAGGUCUAUGAUGAGUUAUUCGAGGUUACCAGAUUCGUUCUGGGGUUUGGCAUUGGAAACGGCAUCGUAUAUUCUGAACAUGGUUCCGUCGAAGUCAGUUGACACUACCCCUUAUGAGAUGUGGAAAGGGCGCAAGCCCAGUUUCUCACAGUUUCGAGUUUGGGGUAGUCCUGCACACGUGUUAGUGCAGGAACCUGGCAAGUUGGAGAAACGUUCGGAAGCACGAGUUUUCGUAGGCUAUCCCAAGGGAACGAAAGGUGGAUUAUUUUAUAGUCCCGAGGAUCAGAAGGUGAUCGUUUCGACGAACGCUAGAUUCUUGGAAGAAGACUAUAUUAUGAAUCAUAAGCCCGCGAGUAGACUAGUCUUAGAGGAGUUAAGGGGUGAAAUCGAUGGUUCCCCACCGAGUGCGCAAGUAGAUACAUCACAUAAUACUGCAACACGACACACUGAGAGUGUACCAGUGCAGACAGUGCCUCGUCGCAGUGGGAGGGUUUCUCAUUUACCCGACCGAUGGAUAGGUCUUGGAGAGUCGUCAGACUCAGUUCCAGGAGGCCUAGAAUCGGACCCAAGAACUUACGAUGAGGCACUCCAAGAUAAAGAUGCAGAUUCAUGGAAUGUUGCAAUGAAAGCUGAAAUGGGGUCAAUGGACUCCAAUCAGGUCUGGGAUCUUGUAGAACUACCCGAUGGGGUACGACCCAUUGGAUGUAAGUGGAUCUAUAAGAGAAAGAGAGGAUUGGAUGGGAAGGUGCAAACCUUUAAAGCUAGGCUUGUUGCGAAAGGUUAUACCCAGAUCGAGGGUAUUGAUUAUGAUGAGACCUUUUCGCCAGUAGCUAUGCUUAAGUCCAUUCGGAUUCUCUUGGCUGUAGCCGCUCAUAUGGACUAUGAGGUCUGGCAGAUGGAUGUCAAGACAGCUUUCCUUAAUGGGAACCUGCAAGAAGACAUCUAUAUGCAGCAACCAGAGGGAUUCAUUGCUGAAGGUCGUGAGCAUCUAGUGUGUAAGCUUAAUCGGUCUAUUUAUGGACUGAAGCAAGCUUCGAGAUCUUGGAACAUCCGUUUUGAUGAGGUGAUCCAGUCGUACGGGUUCACUCAAUGUCCGGAUGAGCAUUGUGUUUACAAGAAAAUCAGUGGGAGCGUGGUGGUGUUUCUUGUGCUUUACGUAGAUGACAUACUGCUUAUUGGAAACAGUAAGAAGGAGUUAUCAGACGUAAAGGUGUGGUUGUCUAAGCAGUUUGAUAUGAAGGACUUAGGUGAAGCAGGACACAUUCUUGGUAUUAGGCUCAUUAGAGAUCGUAAGAAGAGAAUGUUGUGCUUAUCCCAGUCUUCAUACAUAGAUACUGUCUUGGCCAGAUUUAGCAUGCAGGAUUCCAAGAAAGGUAUGUUACCUUUUAGACAUGGAAUACCUUUAUCUAAGGAGAUGUCUCCUAAGACGUCUAAGGAGAUAGAGGAGAUGAAGACAGUUCCUUAUGCUUCGGCAGUAGGAAGUCUCAUGUAUGCAAUGCUAUGCACAAGGCCGGAUAUUAGCUACGCCGUUGGCAUGGUAGCUAGAUAUCAAAGUAAUCCAGGACGGGAACAUUGGUCUGCGGUGAAGCAUAUACUCAAGUACCUGAGAAGGACUAAGGAGUACAUGUUAGUUUACCGUGCAGACAGCUUGUUACCUCUGGGUUACAGUGAUUCUGAUUUCCAGUCAGAUAGGGAUGAAAGUAAGUCAACCUCAGGUUAUGUGUUUACCUUGGGAAGUGGAGCCAUUUCAUGGAGGAGUGCUAAGCAGAAAUGCGUGGCAGACUCCACCAUGGAAGCCGAGUACAUAGCAGCCUCAGAGGCAGCGAAAGAGGCAGUUUGGCUCAGGAACUUCUUAGUGGACUUAGAGGUUAUACCGAGUUUGCCACGUGGUAUCACCGUGUACUGUGAUAACAGUGGAGCAGUAGCGAACUCAAAAGAACCUCGAGCCCACAGGGCAAGCAAACACAUAGAGCGCAAAUACCAUCUGAUUCGGGAUAUCGUUGGUAGAGGAGACGUUGAUGUUGCCAAGAUUGCAUCAGAGGAUGCAUGGCGAUAG